AUGCGCACCCUUUCCUGUCUCCUGCUCCUCGCCGCGACCGUAUCCGCCCACGAGCACGAGCGUCAUCACAGCAAGAAAUUCCGAAGCACUACGUUACUGGCUAGGGUCAGGCGACAGGCCGAUACCAACACCGAGCCAGGUUGCAUGGGAUUGACGGUGCAAAACGGCAACGUUAAUUACAUCCAAGGAAACCCCCAGAAGGAGAUGGCAUCCGGAACAAGCGCCACAGCCACCUGCAAUCUUGGCUUUGUACCAUCUGGAACCAUGACAGUAACCUGUCAGAAUGGAGCGUGGACCCCACAGAUUGGCACCUGUAACGCGGCUGGCGCUGGCGCCCCGGGCACCAGCGGCGUUGGCGGUAACGUUGGAGCAACCGGGGUCUCAACCUCACCACUAGGUGUCCCUUCGAAUCCUGCGGCUCCCGGAGCCCCUGGCGCCAAUGCCCCGGCAACCCCCGGAGGGAUGCACGCUAGCGGCUCGACGGCCACUCUUACAUGCAAUCCGCAAUUCGUAGCUAGUGGCGAGACCACAGCCACCUGCAACAAUGGCGUCUGGAACCCGCCUACAGUAGGCAUGUGCAACCCGUCCGGCAGCGCGCCG